AUGUUUGUACUUUUUAUGUAUGAUCAUUUGAUGGAUCCUAUUGAAUUUAUGAGGUACUAUCCCACAAUUAAAGUUAAAAGCCUUGGGAUAGCUAGGCUUAAUGGUUAUAAAUUGCAUUGGGGAUUAAAGGGAAUUCCGUUUGUAUGUAGAAAGAGGCCUUAUAUUACUCCAUUGUCGGGAUCCCACGUUUACGGCGUAAUCUUUCAACUAAAAACUGGAGACUUAGAGGAAUUUUUAGACUUUACAAAAUCUAAUUUUAUGAAUGAAGUUCUAAAUAUUACUAUUGAUGUAGUAAAGAUAUAUGGCGAUGUUAAUAUUGAGUUUAAAGAUUUAAAUAUUAGUCAAACUCUAGGGAGUGGGGUGAUUUAUGAAAGUAAACAGAUAAAAGCUAUGACAAUAACAGCUAAUGUUUCAAAUAUGCUUUUAGACAAGGUUUUUAUAGAUAACUUAUUAAAAAAAGGAGGUGUUGAUAUUUUAAAAUCAAAGUAUUUUAGUAGUUUACGUAAUGAAGGAACUCAGGUUAACUAUACUUACCCAAGUGAUGAUUAUAUAAGAAACUUAACUAAUAUAUCGAAAAAAUUAGGUUUUCCAGAGGAAUAUAUCAAAAAUUCUAUAGAUAUUUCACCAACACAGGUGCUAUCUUUUUGGCAAAGAAUGUUAAAAAAAAUUUUCUGUAAAUUUAUUCACUUAUUUUCUUUAUUAAAGUUACAAGAUAUUGCAUAUGGACUAUUAGACUUGUUAUGGGAAAUAGAUCCUAAUGAUGCUCUGGUUCAUAGUGAUUAUGGAAAUAUCAAUAUAUACUUAAAAAUUUUUAUUAUUGUAUGUUUCCUGUUCUUUUUAACUCUUCCAGGAUUAAUUACAUAUGCCUUUUACGCUUGGCUGAGGUUUUGGUAG